AUGGGUCGGAAAAAGAAAAAGAGAAACGCGAAUCAAAUUGGUAUUCCCGCACAACGUGCAGAAAGGAAAAACUAUGAAGAAGCUGAAAGAAAGAAUGUAGUCUUUGAAAAAUAUUAUAAGGAUCAAAAUAUAAUUCCUGAUGAAACUGAAUGGAAAGAAUUCAUGGAAGUUAAUACAACAAUUCUUCCGACAGCAUUCCGAAUCACAGGAAGCAGAAGUCAUGCUUUUGAAUUAAGAGAUUUAAUGAAAAAAGAACAUGUUCCAAAAUUAAAGCAAAUUCAACUUGAAAUUGAUCAAAAAGUUGAACCCAUAAAGUCAUUACCUUGGUAUCCAGAUGAACUUGGAUGGCAGCAUUCUGCUUCUAGAAUGACGAUUAAAAAAAAUCCAAUAUUCCAAACUUUUCAUAGAUGGCUUGUUACAGAAACUGAAGUGGGAAAUAUAAGUCGACAAGAAACUGUUAGUAUGAUCCCACCUUUGUUAUUAGAUGUUAAACCUCAUCAUUGGGUUCUUGAUAUGUGCGCAGCUCCCGGAUCAAAAACUGCUCAACUCGUCGAGGCUAUUCAUGCUAAUGAUGCACAAGAAAUUGAAAUUCCACCCGGAAUUGUUAUUGCGAAUGAUUCCGAUUCUAAAAGAAGUUACAUGUUGGUUCAUCAAACGAAACGAUUGAGAAGUCCGUGUUUAUUAGUCACGAAUCAUGACGCUCAACAUUUCCCCAAUAUUCACUUAAAGGAGGUUUCUUCACCUGUACAGUUUGAUCGAAUUUUGGUGGAUGUUCCGUGUAGCGGGGAUGGAACUAUGAGAAAGAACUUGACAAUAUGGUCAAAUUGGAAGAUUGGAAAUGCAAUUGGACUUCAUCCAACUCAGGUAAAUAUUUUACUUCGUGGAGCACAACUCGCAAAAGAAGGAGGACGUCUCGUAUACUCUACAUGUUCGCUCAAUCCUUUAGAGAACGAAGCUGUGGUUGCAGAAGUAUUACGACGGACAAAAGGAAAUUUAAUACUUUUAGAUGUAUCCGACCGCUUACCUGAAUUGAGAAGAGCUCCUGGAAUGACGUCGUGGAAGGUAAUGAAUAAGGAAGGAGAAUGGGUUAAUUCAUUGGAUGAUAUUAAUCCCAGAUUUCGCAAAAAGUACUCGAAAUCACUUUGGAUGCCUCCAGAUGUUGAAAAUUUAAAUUUAACGAGAUGUCUACGAAUUUAUCCUCAUUUUCAAGACACUGGAGGAUUCUUCAUUGCUGUCUUCGAAAAAAUAGGUCCAAUAAAAGAUAUUAGUGUACUUGAAGAUGCAUCAAUGAACGACGAAGAUGAUGGAAAAAAUCCAAUAGCUGUCAAUGAUAUUGAAGCUAUCGAUAUUUCAGUCGAACCUGAUUCAAUAACAAUUGAUGAUGAAAUAAUUAACAAAGACAUUGAUCAAGAUUUGGAUAACGAACCCGUUCUUAUAAAGAGACCUCCAAGCAUAGAUCAUCCUGAUGAAGAAUCACAUAAACGAACAAAAACGAGCGAGAGUAUGCCGGUUUCUGACCCUAAUGAUAAAAAAGAAGAUAAAAAUUCAAGGAAAAAGAGGCAAUCAGGGGAAGAAAUUUUUAUAUUUUUGGAACAAAAUAAUGAAGACAUACCUUUAAUCAGAGAAUUUUAUGGUUUAUCUGAGGAUUUUCCAGUCGACCAUUUACUUGUUCGAUCAGAAAAUGAAAAAAAUAGGACAUUAUAUCUCGUAUCAAAUUCGGUAAAACGAGUAUUAUUAGCAACGGAUGUACACAAAUUGAGGCUUGUGAACACGGGGAUAAGGACAUUUACACGACAAGAGACUAAUGAACCUGUUAAAUGUCCAUUUAGAUUUAAUGCGGAGGGUAUGUAUACAAUAUAUCCUUAUUUAUCCAAUAAAAGGGUUAUAAAUUUUGGAUUGAAAGAAGUUAGAAUUUUGUUAUCGGAACCUACUCCACUUUUUGAUCGAUUUGAUGAAAGGAUUAGAGAUAAAUUGAUAGCAUUUGAAGGAGGAUGUAUUGUAGCAUAUACUGAUCCGUCUCAAGAAAAAGAGGCAGUAUUUCGUACAAAGAUACCCAUUGUAUUACCCAUCUGGAGAGCACCAAAGUCGUUAAAUUUGUUAUAUCGAAAGGAAGAUCGAAAAGCGUUAGAAUUACGAGUUCAAAGUUAUUUUGAAGAACAAUCAAAAGCAUCGUUGGAUUCAAACAUCCAAAUUAAUCCAAAUCUACCAUAA